GCUAAAGGGUUUUGUGCCACCCUCUCUGGAGCCUGUGAACUCCCAGUGGAAGAAAUACCUUCCGGAAUUUACCGGUAAACGGCAGAGCAGAACGCUGCGGAGAGUGGAAAAGGGGCGAAGUUCUUUUUUUUUCUUUUUUUCACCUCUGCCUCUCUUUUGAUCUCCCCUUUCUCCUGCAAGACUGACCGGUCUAGGAUUACAGCCUCUCCCCGGAGUUCACCUGUGCAGUGCCAUGGGUCCCCAUACUAUGUGAAAACCUCUCCUCACCUUCUCAACGUCCAUCCCCACCUGAAGGUCUCCUCCUCCUCCAUCCCUGACCCCUGACCCUUGACCCCUCCACCUGCGUGUGUCCUCCUCCAGCACUGGCUCCCCCUCUCUACCCCCACCUGCCCAGCGUCAUGGAAGAGGAGGAACUGGGGGCCAUGGCGGCCGCCCCCAUCGACCCCCCCACCUCGGGCGGCGGCAGCCCCCCCCCUCACCUGUCCCCUCCGACCGCGCCUCCGCCCGACCUGUGUCCGGCCUGCGGCCACCGGCACCUGCAGGACGAGAACCACGAGUACAACUACUGCGUCGAGCCCGACGACGACCUCAUGUGCCACAUCUGCCUGCAGGCGUUCGUGCGGCCGCUGGACACGCCGUGCGGUCACACCUACUGCCAGGAGUGCCUGACCAGCUUCCUGCUGGAGAGCGACUUCUGCCCCAUGGACCGCAAGCCGCUGAUGCUGCAGAGCUGCCGCCACUCCAGCCUGCUGGUGGUCAAGCUGCUGGACAAGCUGGCCGUCUCGUGCCCCUUCAGCGAGCACUGCGAGGAGACCAUGCCACGCGGGGACCUGCACGACCACAUCAGGCACAGGUGCAAAGGCGCGUCCCACUAUGGCCUCAACGCCGACCGAAAGCGGCGGUCCCAGGAGGGCGACUGCCUGGACAGCACGUCCGAGCUCACCGUGGCAACGCUGCCCGGCGAGGGAAGUCCCGCCUCCGCUGCCGUGGCCCUCCUAUCAGACGAGCCCGGCCUGGUCAACCCCGCCUUUGAGCCCAGCGUGGAGGACAACAGCCAAUCAGGAAGUACGACCAGCCUGACCGCUCGCAGCAACUCCAAGAAGAGUGAGUUCCGUAACUUUGACCGGGCGUCGGUGAGGAGUCGCUCGUUCCGGCGGCUCAACCGAGCCUUCAGCGUGCUGCGGAGGACCAAGAGUGGCACGGCCGUGGUCAACGAGAGCUCCGAGGAGCGAGACAACCUCAGGAACUCCAGCGUGCCCCCAGAAGUCUUGGCUCUGCCCCAGCUGCAUCACCUGAUUCCUGAUGGGGAGAUCACCAGCAUUAAGAUCUACCGGGCCGACCCCUACGAGCCGCUGGCCAUCAGCAUCGUCGGGGGCAACGAGACGCCCCUGGUGCGCAUCCUCAUCCAGGACAUCUACAGAGAGGGGGUCAUCGCCCGCGACGGACGCCUCCUGCCUGGGGACAUGAUCCUCAAGGUGAAUGGCAUCGACAUCAGCAACGUGCCGCACAUCUACGCCCUGGCGGCGCUCAAGCACCCGUGCCAGCUGCUGCGCCUGACGGUGCUCCGAGAGCAGCGCUACCGCUACCGCUCCAGCUCGCACCACCACCACCACCACGGGCACGGCGGCGGCGGGCAUCACGGAGGGCACCACCACGGGCACCACGCCGGCCCGCCGCCCCACGAGCCCUUCUCGCCCAACCAGCCUCCGCCGCCGCCUCCGCCCGUGCUGAGGGACGACAGCCUGCACGUGGUGCUGGUCAAGAGCGUACCCGACGAGCAGCUGGGCAUCAAGCUGGUGCGCCGGCCCGACGAGCACGGCGUCUUCGUCUUCCACCUGCUGGAGGGCGGCCUGGCGGCGCGCGACGGGCGCCUGAGGGUGGACGACCGGGUGCUCGCCGUCAACGGGCACGACCUGCGCUACGGGGCGCCAGAGCACGCCGCGUUACUCAUACAGGCGAGUCAGGACCGGGUCCAUUUCGUAGUGUCUCGUCAUACCCAGAUCCCGACCCCAGACAUCCUGUCCGAAGCCCCCUGGGGCAUGGAUGGACCACCACCCUACUCUCCUGUGGACAUAGAGCAUAGCCUGCUGGACGCAUGCCAGAAGCCGAGCUGCUAUGAGAAGAGCGUGACGCUGACCAAGGAGCCGCACGACUCCCUGGGCAUGACGGUGGCCGGCGGCAUGUCCAGCCGCGGCUGGGACCUCCCCAUCUACGUCACCAACAUCGACCCCAAUGGAGUGGUCAGCCACGAGGGCUCCAUCCGCAAAGGUGACAUCCUGCUGAACGUGAACGGCGUGGAGCUGACGGGGGUGACGCGCGGCGAGGCGGUGGCCAACCUGAAGAACACGUCGUCGCCGGUGGUGCUGCGCGUGCUGGAGAUGCGGCCGCCGGACGAGAGCUGCCUGGAGAACAUGCCGCCGCUGCUCUCGCCCUCGUCCUCCGUCUCGCCCUCCUCGCCCGCCGAAGCCAAGAUCCCGCCGCUGCCCAACGACGACUACUCGCCACUCUGGGUCUCCUGGCUGCAGCUGCCCAGGCACCUGUACUGCUGUAAGGACAUCAUCUUGCGCCGGAGCACGGCGGGCAGUCUGGGCUUCAGCAUCGUGGGCGGUCAGGAGGAGGUCAACUGCAACCAGUCCUUCUUCAUCCGCUCCAUCGUGGAGGGGACGCCCGCCUACAACGACGGGAGAAUACGGUGCGGGGACAUCCUGCUGGAGGUGAACGGGAAGAGCACCUGGGGGAUGAGCCACACCGCGCUGGUGCGGCUGCUCAAGGAGCUGCGCGGGCGGAUCACCCUCACCAUCGUGUCCUGGCCCGGGAGCCUGCUAUAGGACCAGCGCCCCCAACCCACCCCACCCCACCCCCGUCGCCACAGCAACCAGGGGCAUGGACUGGACUGGACACUUUCACAAACCUGCAGAGGAGAGAGGGAGCGUAGUCGUACACUGACCCCCUGCCUGCCCGAGCCAUUUGGCAGAGAGGGGCCUCUGGAUAUGAACUUCUCCGAGCUUGUAAAAUGGACCCUGCCUCACAGGACGGGGCUCCUGAUUGGUCCUGACCACAACCCCCCCCUCAAAAAAAGGGCGGGGGGGGGCAGGACAUAUGACAUGGACCUUGCUCAGGAAGGUGGGACUUGACAAAAAGACAGGAACCCGUGUACAGAGGACACAGGACUUCACCGCGGGACACUGCUGACGAGAGGUGGAGUUUAGGCCAUGGACGUUUCUUCAGGAAAAACAAAGGCAUCGUACACAAACGGAUCACGACAGGGAGGAAGGCAAGGACUUGCUCUUCGACCUUGGAUAUGACUUCAGCGGUCCGAGCCACUUACUCCAGAUCUUAACCUUGUAAGGAAAGGUCAAGUGCACGGACCCCCCCCACGAUCAAGGGGAAAUGACCAUCAUCAUAGACAUUUGGG